GUGAGAGCGCGCGUCCAGCAGGACCGAAGUUCACGGCGCGCUCCCGCGCUGGAGAUCUCCGUGCCGUCUCCGCCUGUACACCCUAAACGCGCUUCGUUUCGUGGGAUAAACGACGUAAAAUGGACAGGAUAUACAGAAUCAUCUAGCUUUUGCAACUCCAGCCAAACCAUUUCCUGAAAAUCCUCCUCGUCGUUCUUCAUCUGUAACCAUGGAGACGGUGGUGAUCGUGGCCAUAGGUGUACUCGCCACCAUCUUCUUGGCAUCGUUUGUGGCGCUGGUGGUUGUGUGCCGUCAUCGUUACUGCCACCCUCCAGACUUCCUGCACCAGUUUGACUCCAAACCUACAGUGGAUCUGAUCGGAGCGAUGGAGACUCAGAGUGAACCGUCAGAGCUGGAGCUGGAUGAUGUGGUCAUCACGAAUCCUCACAUUGAGGCCAUGCUGGAGAACGAGGACUGGAUCGAAGAUGCCUCGGGUCUUGUGUCUCACUGCAUUGCGAUUCUGAAGAUAUGCCACACUCUCACUGAAAAGCUUGUUGCCAUGACGAUGGGCUCCGGGGCAAAGGUCAAAGCGCCUGCCAGCCUCAACGACAUCAUCACCGUGGCCAAACGCAUCGCCCGAGGUAAACAGAUUAAGAGGGUGGAUGACGUGGUUCGAUCGAUGUACCCUCCGCUAGACCCUAUUCUCCUGGAUGCCAGGGCCACGGCAUUACUAUUGUCGGUCAGUCACUUGGUACUGGUGACACGAAACGCCUGUCACAUGUCCGGCAGCCUGGACUGGAUCGACCAAUCACUGCAUGCGGCUGAGGAUCACAUGGUCGUGUUGAGAGAGGCAGCUUUAGCCUCCGAGCCAGAGAGAGGUUUGCCAGAGAGAGAGCAGUCCAUCUGAGUCACUCACAGACAUACUGUAUGUACAGUACACACAUUAUUCAAGAACAUGUGCAUGAAUGCACCUGUAAAGAAUAUGAUAUUUAGUGGACAUUACCUCAGCACGUCCAUAAUGUCACUCUUUCACUGCAUCUCAUUUUUAUUUCUGUUACAUUCCAGUUUAAUCGCUGGUCAUACGCUGGAUUUAUAUGUAGAUGCUAGUACCAAAAAUGUCUAAAAAAAAUCCAAAAGAAGAAUGUAUAAACCAAGCCGUUUUUUAUUGGUAUUGCUAAGUGUGUUAGUUAAACUGUGAUCAUGCUGUCGGAUAUUUUGAGAAUCAAAUAUUAUAUAAACCAAAAAUGGUCAAUAUUUUUUUUAGUGUCUCUAAUAUUUGAGACUAGUAUUGUUUUAAUCAAAUACAAUUUUUCAUUAUUAGCAUCAAGAUAUAUAUAUAUAUAUAUAUAUAUAUAUAUAUAUAUAUAUAUAUAUAUAUAUAUAUAUAUAUAUAUACAAAUUUAUAGUCUUUUUGCUUUUAUUUGUCUUUGAAAACACACAAAAAAUAAGAUGCUGAAAUGAUUUUUUUUUACCAUCAUACAAUCACGUUAAAGGGUACCUCUAACCCAAAAGGAAAUGUUUUGUCAUUAAUCACUUACCCCCAUGUUGUUCCAAACCAGUAAAAGCUUUGUUCGUCUUUGGAAUACAAUUGAAGAUAUUUUGGAUGAAAACCGGGCUUGUGACUGUCCCAUUGACUGCUAGGUAAUAAACCCUGUCAAAGCCAUAAUAAACACAGUCAGUGGUUUCAGCUGUACUUUUUGUAUGGAAAGAAAACAAAAAUAAUGAGUUCAUCAGUGUAAAUUCACCAGUGUCAAUUUGGAGACCAUCCUCUAUUCAGACGAUGUCUUUCAUAGUUUUCUGCACCUUGACAGUGUUCAUUAUUUACAGUCAAUGGGACAAUCACAAGCCUCCUGGUUGUCAUCCAAAAAAUAUCUUACAUUUUGCUCUUAAGACAAACAAAGCACAACAUGAAGUAACUAAUUAAUGACAAAAUUCUCCUACAGCACUUUCGUAUUUGUACAUUCUCUACUUUUUUUCCCUCUCAUGAUGUGCACGCUACCAUUCAAAGGUUUGGGGUCAGUAAUAUUAUGUUUUAACAUUUUUUUAACAAAGCCUCCUAUGCUCACCAAGGCUGAAUUUAUUUGAUCAAAACCACUGUAAAUUAUGUAAACAAUUUAUUUGAGGGAUUAAAAUAAUUUACAUAUAUUUUGAGGUAUUUUAGUAUUUAGCAUUGAAAUAUCGAAGUAUUUAUUUGAAAUAGAAAUCUUUUGUAAUUAUUAACGUCUUUACUGUCAUUUUUGAUCCAUUUAAUGCAUCCCGAAGAAACAUUUUUAUUUCUCAAAUAAAACCCCAAACUUUUGAACAGUUGACUAGCUGGUUGUGAACAGUUUGCAGCAAGUAAAACUUACAUUCUUUUGUUCACCUGCUAUCUAGCCAUGGCAUGUCAUUUUUCACCAGAGUCACAUGAAGUCUAAAUCCACACUAAUUCCUUCCCUCAACCCCCACCACACUUUCAACAGCCACACACAUUCAAGACUCUCUCAUUUCAUGUAUUAUAUUCAAAUUUCAAGUUUCGAUGCUAAGAAUAUAUUGCACAUUCAGUUAUUGAUUGAGUAUUUCCUCUUUUCAUUUCCUCUCGGAGCAACUUUGUUACUGACAUUUCUUGUUUGUUUCUCUGUUUGUUCUCUGAUUCUCAAACGGUUUAUGCAUUUGAGAUUUGUAAAGGUGAAUAAAUGUUUCACAGCGAAAAGAUGUCAUGAUAUUUUUAUUUUAAAAUAAACAUUACUAAAUUCAGCUGUAAGUUCAGUGAAACAAUCGGACCUCACAUGUGCUGCUUUGUGUGGAGAGAGGAGGCAGACAGGGAGAGAUGAAGAAAGAGGGAGGAGAAACAGCUGCAGUGGAGGAAGGGAGGGAAGAAAAGAAAAACACGACCGCUAUUUCUCAAAGUCAGAGUAAAACAGUUCUGUCUAGCUUUGAGUAGAAAGCUUUUGGCCAAAACGAGCGCUGGACAAUAGGCAUUAAAAAAAGCAGCGGACUGAAAGGACACACACUCACAC